GGUUUGGUUGGGGAAAGGAGCGGCAGAAAAGGAGGACAACGAUCGAUAUUUGUCCUUCUACCGGGGCACACCAGACCACCACCACUUUCUCCCUCUCCUCGUGAACAGCACGGAAUUUGGUGAAUGUAGCCAGCCAGCAGUAGCUCAGGCUGCAUUGGAUUCACGACCAAUUCAGAGACCAUCAUCCGGGAGAAAGAGAGACUUACUUGACUCUCAGACAGGCAAGGUUUGCGUUGGAACACGUUCAAUCUCCGUGACUUACAUGAAACCUUGGAAGCAUUAGACCGCUUGAUAUUCGCUAUUAUCUAUCUCCCAGAAUCGUAUGGAACAAUUCACAACAAGAAGAAUUACAUUAUCUGCAAGAUACAUAUCAACCUGUUAAUAAGUCGAAAUUGUAUUUAGUCGCUUCGUCCUCAUAGCUCGUGUGAUAAUACAUAGAUAAUUUAUUAAGCAAAUAUUUUACCAGAGUUUGUGCAAUAUUUAUCAUCCAUGGACCUCUGUAAUCACCUGUACCUUUUACCGAAAUAAUAAUUUUAAAUUCGUUGCUGGCAACGUGUAAAGAAAAUGACGAUGCAUCCUGAAAACUUUUUUGUCUCAUUUAUUACAAAAGUGAGACAAUUAGGGAAAUAAAUAAAUAAAUACAUAUAUAAUUAGCGAAUUUAAAUCCAUAUAAAAAGUGUGAUCAGGGUGGUGCCGUUGUGUGAAAUUAGCUCAAAUGUGUGAGUGUAAAGGAAUUCCACAUGAAAAAGUAUCGUAGAUGUUCGGGCUGAAAUUUAAAACACGAAAUACACCUUCGCAGAAGACCAGUUUGCGUUGGGGCGACUACUGCCCUCAACUUUUCGUUUAAGUUUUCAAAUUGUAAUUAGAAUUUUACCAGGUAGAAAUCCUUACAAAUAAAAUCUAUAUUAAAAGCACUUUUGAUUUCGCCCUGAAAUCCAAGUCCAUGAAACUCUAGUUAUUGCAAAGGUAUCAAAUUGUAUUGAAAAUAUAUACGUAUUUUUGUUACAACUUCCCCUCUCUCUUUUCUCUCUCUUUUAUUAUUCUUUAAAAAUAACUAUACGAAAGUAGCCACAAAAUUAUAGUGAUUAUAAAAUUUCCAAUAAUAAAUAAUCCAACCCCAAAUAAUCAAUCGAUAUCAAUCAGCAAUCUAAACAAGCAACGGCCAAACAACGUAUAAAUUUGAGUGUGUACGGAAUCCAGGCACGUAAAAAAUUAACCAAAUCAUUUAAACUAUAUACUCGUACAAAUCGGGCAGGAAUAUUUAAUUGAUAUUAAUAAAUUAUAUAAAGAAAAAAACCCAAAUCAAUAUUUUUAAACGACUUUCUCCCAAAAAAUCUAAAUCUUCCCUGAAAUCUCCACCCUCCAAAAAAAUAAAACUUAUCCCAAGGAGAAAAGAAAUUAAGGCUUGUCCUAACAUAAAUUCAUACUUUUUUGGGGAGAAAUAAAUAUGUAGCCAAAAUCAUAGGUUCCUGCUGACGUGUACAACAAAAUAUGCGUACAUUUACGGACAAAUUAAUUUAUAUAUAAAACAUAAAGAGAGAUAUAUUUAUUUCUUCAACGGAGAAAUUUCCAUGAUCUUCCCGUCUCAUCUCAACUCAUCGGAUUUGCUAAUCAUCUCAUAAACUUCAAAAUUCUUCUUUCCUGGUGCUAUAUCAAAUACACUUCAGUCGUGAGUCUUCCGUGGAUUGUAAAACUGUAAAUCUUGUAAAAAGUUGUAAAAAAUGAACUAAUCCAAGUUAUAAACUUCUUCGCUAUACUAAACAACUUCUGCUACUUCUACUGGUCCAUAGUAUUGAUCACUCACUCUCACGACACGCGAAACUUAUCACCACAACUUCUUCUUACACCCUCAUUCAUUAUCAAAUUCACCCCUUCUUCACCACCAUCUAUAAAAAUUAUUCUGUAAAUUUCCUCAUUAAAUCAUCAUCAAAAUGCUGAACGUGUGGGGCGUGAUUUCCAUCGUCCUCUUCUACAUCAUGAUCCUCGCCGUGGGCAUCUGGGCCGGGAGGAAGGGAUCCGGAGCACAGUCUGAGGACGAGGUCAUGUUGGCUGGAAGAAAUAUUGGCAUGUUUGUCGGCAUCUUUACCAUGACGGCUACCUGGGUGGGAGGUGGUUAUAUUAAUGGAACGGCUGAGGCGAUCUAUACGACGGGCCUGGUCUGGUGUCAAGCGCCAUUUGGAUAUUCAUUGUCUCUCGUAAUGGGUGGAAUAUUUUUCGCCAACGAAAUGAGACGACAAGGUUACGUUACUAUGCUGGAUCCACUGCAAGAUGCGUUUGGAGAACGGAUGGGAGGCCUCCUCUUCCUCCCGGCACUUUGUGGCGAGGUGUUUUGGGCGGCAGGAAUUUUGGCCGCACUUGGUGCCACCCUUUCCGUCAUCAUUGACAUGGAUAAGAACACCUCAGUCAUACUAUCCGCGUGUAUUGCCGUCUUCUACACGCUCUUUGGAGGCUUGUACAGUGUCGCGUACACCGAUGUUAUCCAACUCUUUUGCAUCUUUAUAGGCCUGUGGCUCUGUAUCCCAUUCGCACUGACACAUGAAGCCGUAGGUUCGUUGACAGAAGCUCUCACAAAUCCUGAAAUUGAUUGGGUUGGACAUCUAAAAACGGAAGAGUAUGGGAUGUGGGCUGAUUAUGCGCUGCUUCUCAUCUUCGGAGGGAUACCUUGGCAGGUUUACUUUCAACGGGUCUUGUCAAGUAAAACUGCUCUCGGGGCGCAAAUAUUAUCCUAUGUCGCUGCCGUUGGAUGCUUUCUCAUGGCGCUCCCACCUGUUAUCAUCGGAGCGAUUGCAAAGGUCACAGAUUGGAAUCAAACUCACUACGGUGAAAUGUAUGACGGAUCCUCACCUGCUGCGAGAGGUGAAUCCAACAUGGUUCUGCCCCUCGUGAUGCACCAUUUGACCCCGGAUGUCGUUUCAUUCUUUGGACUCGGUGCGGUUUCCGCGGCCGUAAUGUCGUCUGCCGACUCCAGCGUGCUCUCUGCAUCGUCCAUGUUCGCCAGAAAUAUCUAUCGCCUUAUAUUCCGACUCCGGGCAUCCGAAAUCGAGAUUAUUUGGGUGAUGCGUGUGUCCAUAUUCAUCGUGGGAACAAUGGCGACAAUCAUGGCUCUUACGAUUCCCAGCAUUUAUGGACUAUGGACCAUGUGCUCAGAUCUGGUAUACGUAAUUCUGUUUCCGCAACUCUUGAUGGUGGUCCACUUUCGUCACUAUUGCAACACGUACGGCAGCUUGGCCGCUUACAUCAUUGCGUUCGUCUUCAGACUUGGUGGAGGUGAAGAAUUGCUCCAUUUGCCGGCACUAAUCCACUUUCCAUACUACGAGCCUGCAAAUGCGGAGACGGGUGCUUGGGAAGUUCAGCGCUUUCCCUUUCGCACAUUUUGCAUGCUUCUCUCACUUUUCACCUUGGCCGGCGUGUCCAAACUGACGGACUGGCUUUUCCAUUCCGGGACUCUGCCCCCAAAAUAUGACUACUUUCGCUGUGUCGUCAACAUCCCGGAGGACAAAAUGACGGUGGACGAGCCGAAUGAAGGCGAAAUGACCGUCAUGACUGCCGCAAUGGUUCAGAAAUACUGUGCAAUGGAAGAAAUGAACGGUCGUGUCAACCCAGCCGCUGCAUUAUCCGAUUCCGACGAGGAUACCAACAACGCCAGGCGGCCUAACAACCCGGGCGGGAAAUCGAGACCUGGCGGCCCUUCUGGGGGAAGAAGUGGUGGUGGGGGUGGCGGUCCCGGAAGAAGCGGUCAAAAUCGGCCCCAAGUCAGUCUACCCGACAGCGAAGACGAGGGUGAUAAACGGACCCCGGUCAAAAAUGUAAAGCAAUAUCAAACCAAGUUAUAAAUAAUUAGGUUGUUGCCAGCAUAGAAGAUAAGGCUAUACUACUACUCAUGCUGCUACUAGAAUAACCAAAAUGUCACUCAUAAUUACGUGUUAAUUGGUACUGACGCAGACUUGGCUCGUCCCCCGGCUUUUAUUUCUGGACGUAUUCCAUUUUAUCCAGCAUAUAUGUAGGAACUGAUCAAUAUUUCAUUAUCCUUCGUCUACCUUCACCACCACCACCACCACCACCAUAUUUCACCUGGACCUUUUUUUGGCUCGACGGAAGUCAUAAAUAAAUUAGUAACGUGUAUGCCCGACUUUCUUAUUAAGAACAAUCCGAUCGUAGACUUUCAGACUUUUCCAGGAAAUUUGCUAAAUUCACGAGAGAUUCAAGGUUUUGUUGCAUAAUAAUUUGGACAGACUGGAUUUUCACUCCAUUAUAAAUUCUCUUGUUCUGAUUACUUUAUGGUUUUAUAAUCACCAGCCGCCGUCCAACCAUUCCUUGCAUAAUAAGAGAUCAUCUUUUAAGUACUUGCAUAAUAAGUUGGAAGGUUUCUGAGGAAUUAUUAUGGCAGGAAUUCACUUGGGUCCGUCCCAAAUCCAUAACUUUCCUCCUCCAGGCUAAUAUUCUGUCUUGUGACUUUCACCAUUCUCGGACUGGGUCUACCUUUCCUUUCCUCUUUUCUGGUGGUACUUAUACGUAUUCAUGCGAGUUCCGCUCUCCUGCUUUUUCCACCCAAUUGCUUACAACCACGAAACGAAGGUGGUGGUGAUGAUGGUGGUUUUGUUGUUUUGUUUGUGCGGGUGCCAAUCAAUGCAGUCAGUCGGCAAGAAAAUAGCGAAAUAUUGGCUGACGUCAAUGAAAUGAAACCUAUUAAAUGGGUAGAUUUUCAUCAAAAGCAAACAGAAUAAAGUGGUGAAAGUGGAAAUUGCGAAAAUAUUUGGGUUUUGGCACAAUUUUCAUUCGGGUAAAACUACCCAUUUAUCAGUCAAUCCUACUUUGUUCUUGUUUGUUUGCCACGUCAUCUAGUACUUAUUUAUACUCUACGAAUUUCUGCAAAUACAUAUUUAUGUACAUACAUAUUUCCGAUUUUGCACACUUUCCCCUCAUCGCGAAUUCGCGAGCCAAGUGGUGUUUUCACCUUGACGUGCUGCGUGCUGGCUAAUUGCUCAUAAAAAGAGGUUCUGCAUUGCGUUCUUCAGCAUGCAAUUAUUCAAAUACAUACAUAUCAUUCAUAUGGCUGGACCUUUAACUGAACUCGAUUACACAUUAUGCAUACAUAUCCUCAUGCUUCUUGCUCUGAUAAAAAUCUUGUACAUAAAUCUUUGAAACGAGAAGUUUUACAAAAGAAAACUUGACCUUCCAUAAUAAGCAAAAUUACAUAACAAGAAAUAUUUGGCAUGUUAAACACUUUGCCAAACUUUUCUCAACUAGAGAGAAACAAAUCAUAUCAUCAUCAUCGCCACCACUGCUUUAUAAACAAGUACAUAUCAUCAUAAAUACAUAUCAUUCUUAUUAUGGAGUCAUCGAAUACAUCCAAUGAAUUGUCUGUGUUAUCAUAAAUAACUAGUCUUGUACAUAUAUAACUAAAUGAUAUUGCAAUUAAUCGCAUCCAUAAGAAUAUCUAAUCAACAUACAUACAUUCCACAAGGUAGCAGAGUUGUUCAAUAGCUGUACAUACAUAUCUAUAAAUAAUAAUAGCAUAAUCCUAACAAUAUAUGUACUAGUCUCACUUUUAGCCGUAGUAACAUUAAACCAAAGAUGUAGUCUCCUCCGUGGGUUGAGAUGGGAUUUUUAGUGUAUUAGUAGCAAUAUAACGUUUUACACGAAAAGAAAUGAUGAUAUCGUAGUCAAAAUUAUGUACAUAAAUUACUUAAAUAGGAUUAUAUAUGUGAAGAAUUAGGUAGCUAAUUUAGAGGAAAAUAUACAAGUCUGUUGUGUCAAGUAGUCUUUGCCAUGCAGGGCUUCGGGACAAGAAGGUUGUAAAUAAUAUUUUUUAUUCAGCUUAUAUAUUUACAUAUGCGUAUAUGUAUAUUUGCUUCUGCAACUAAUCUGUUUGUGUGUAUCAUUUUCUGCAAUUUUUUGACUUUAAAUGUAUAUAAAUUCAUUGCCGUAUUAUUAUCAUAGACUACACGGAAGCUGGAUUGUGAUCUUACUAAUCAUUGCAGAUGUCGCUCUUAAAAGGCUGGACCUUUACAACACUAUUUUGUUGUAUGAAUUUAUUUCACGUACUUAUUAAAUAUUUCUGAUCUGAAUUGUACCUGUAUUUUUACCACGUAGAGACCAAAACCUUAUAUUUUCCUGCUAUACAGUCCCUUCAUUUUAUAGGAUUUAUGCAGUUUAAAAAAAAUGGAGAUUUAAAUAUUAUGCGUCCCUUGUUUUACUUAUCAUAGUCCAAGUUGCCCAUUGGUGUACAGUUGUGUAUGUACGAGGCUUUGGUAACAUGUAUCAUGUGCUCUGGUCCUACAAAAAGUAUUCGAAAUAUUUUGGUCCGAUUUUCUUGCUCGAUACACAGAUUAUAUUUGCCUGCCUGUGGUUUAUGAAAUACCGAUGAACCAACACAACAUAGCAUUUUAGUCAAAAUGAUAGCAUUUAGCUGAACAAAAUGGUGGCAACAAAGUAAAAAGAUUCAUGCAAAAGUAUAUAUAAAUCCAUUAAGAAGAAGAGACUCGUUCUCAUUCUUUAAUAUUUACUAGUCGUACUGAUCUCAAUAUGAAAAGCGUGGAAUUAAUGAAAUGUGUAUGGAAUCCAAAAUGAAGGCAGACCUGAUUAUUAUCGGUGCAUAUACGGAGACCUAAUAGAACCUGAAGAACAAAAGUAGUUUAUCAUUAUUAUCUAGGAUUUUUUAGCCAGAGAAAGAAGAACAAAUUAUUAUACAAGCAACACUCCCAACAAACAAGAUAUGUACGAUUUUAUCAAUCUGGGUGGGAGGAAUUGUAUAAGAGUAGUAUAAAUAAUUAGUCAAUGUAGAUACAUACAUAUGAAAAAGUAUUAUUAUCCAAGAGAAUUAUCCCCUCAAAACCCUCACACGUAGUAAGAAAAGUACUUAACUCCACAUAAUAAAUGAAUAUUCAGAACAGAAAUAUCAAAAUUUAAAAGAAUAUUUUAUGCGUAAGUUAUGUUUGUAAUUGGAUUUCUAAAAAUUAUGAUUAUUGUAAAUAAAAAUAUACAACAGCCGAAUGCUGUUCUAGUCUACCAAAAAUAGAGAAAUAUUAUCUAAAUGUAUGUACUUAACUGAUAAUUAAACUAUGUAGCGGCAUAAAAAUGAAGAUGCGCACACCGUGCAAAAGAAAACAAUCAGAGUAAAAUGUUAAUUAAAAAAGAAAUAAUAGCGUGGAAAUUAUGUAGUACGAAAAUAAAUGACUAGCGGGAAAUUGUGUGUAAUGGUUACAUAAUUUAUUUCUUGCAUAAUCCGAGCAUACUUUAAUUUACAUAUUAAUAUUAAAUAUAAUACAGCGAAUGUAUCAUAUUUUUGGCAUCGAUAUCGUUCCUGGCUUAAAUUAAAUAUUUAUUUACGCGAAUUAAUAACAACACGACUGAAAUUGCUUCUUCCCUAGUUUUACAUACAUAUAAAAGCGUAACAAUAAUAGUCAUUCACAAUGCAUACGUGGAAAUCGUUUAAUUAAUUUGCAGGCAACA